CACUGAGUGAGGCAGUUUUAAAUCGGUUAGCUGGAACGAACACUUUGUGUGUAUUUCGCAACGGGCUGGUAUUUCACGCUCCAUUGAAAAUAUUUAGGUUUAUCCAACCCGGAUAUAUGUUAGGGUUAACAAGAUGGCGAACGCGUAUUUGAAUCAAGUAUAUAUUUUUGGUUUAGGCCUACUGGUUCUAUUGAUUUCGGGUGCCGACGCGGAAGUUUGUUAUAGAAACACAUACAACUGGAAUGGCGGGAGCAUCAUGAAUUGUCCUAUGUACUGCUGCGGGUCUGAAAACUAUCGAUAUUGCUGUAAUAUGCCGGUAUGGAUGAUCGUUAUUCUUGUCAUUGGAAUCAUCUUACUUAUUUCGUUGAUUAUCACCGGCGUCUGUUGCUACGUGAAACGACGUGGUAGACCCGGCACCGUCAUACAGACGGCAACCAGUGCUGGCGUGCCCUUUGUCUACCAGCCAAACACCUGCAUAAGUACGACUGGCGUUCCAUCGUCAGCGAUAUGGACUCCUCCAUCAGUCGCUGUAACCACGGACCGACCAGCUCAUGGGGUUGUACCGCCACCAGCCUAUUCCUAAUUCUUGUUACGAUGAAGCAGGACGUAUGUUCAUGCUCUCUGGA